AGUCGAGGACCGAAGACAAAAAUGAAACAAUCCUUGACCUCCAGAAAUUUACAGGGCGGGGAGAAGGGGAACGAGUCCAUAGGUAGGCAAGAUCCAAAUUAACAACGUUGGGGGGAAAGGCACUAGCAGCCACACAACCAAUCGAAACUCCAUUCCAACACUAUUCCGAUGACCUCCUUGCCCCCACGGAGACGACGCCCUGGCUCCGGACUCUCUAACCGGGGCAGUGAGGACUGGAUGGGGAUGGUGCCCAGGAAAAAGCAAAGUAGGGUCGCACUCCUGGAUCCCGCUCCCCGACAGAUGGUGCUCUAGGAUCGGCGGUGGAACCCACUUCCCCUCCGCUCCCAAGUUCUUCCCAGCUGGGGGCGGGACCCAGGGCCGCCCUCAGGGGCCCCUGGGGCGAGGAGAGACCCGGAGCUGCAUCUCCACUACUCAGGACUAGCCACUGGGAACAGAGAGGAGGCCACCAGACUGCAGCAAGCGGCGAGGGCGCAGAGCACCCCCCGGAAUGCCCACCCUUCCCGGAUCCCGCCGAGGGGAAAGGGGGUUGGGGGGAAGGUUCUCUUUCCUGGCUGGGAGGCGGUGAUAGAAUGGGAGGGGCGGUGCUCUAGGCUCAGUUCUCAUUGGCUGAGCCGGCCGCGGACUAAAACUUUAAGCCAAUGAGAAAGUGACCAUGGUGUGAUGCGCCAUGACGUUAUGGGAAUUCCCCCCCGGGGGGGGCGGAAAAGGGGCUUUCCCGGUUGGGGCCUCCGGUGGCCGAGUGGCACAGGGGUCGGAAGAUUAGCGAAGGCAGGACCAGCCCGUGGCGGAGCUGAAGCCGGAACCGGAGCCGGAGCUGCAGCCGCAGUGAGUGGACGGGGUCUGGAUGGCAUUGAUUAUGAUGAUUUCCAGUUCAACUCCCCAGUAGCGGAUCGGAGAGAACCCCCAGAGGAGACAGGUGAGGGUCCCUACCUGGUCAUCGUGGAGCAGCCCAAGCAGCGUGGCUUCCGCUUUCGCUACGGUUGUGAGGGCCCCUCCCAUGGGGGGCUUCCCGGUGCCUCCAGUGAAAAGGGUCGGAAAACGUAUCCUACAGUUAAGAUCUGUAACUACGUGGGACCAGCCAAGAUUGAAGUGGACCUGGUCACGCAUAGCGACCCACCCCGUGCCCAUGCCCACAGCCUGGUUGGGAAGCAGUGCACAGAGUUGGGGGUUUGCGUGGUGUCCGUGGGACCCAAGGACAUGACGGCUCAGUUUAACAACCUGGGAGUCCUGCACGUGACCAAAAAGAACAUGAUGGAGAUCAUGAUGCAGAAGCUUCAGAGGCAACGACUCCGCUCCAGGCCCCAGGGCCUCACAGAGACCGAACGGCGGGAGCUGGAGCAAGAGGCCAAAGAACUGAAGAAAGUGAUGGACCUAAGUAUUGUCCGGCUUCGCUUCUCUGCCUUCCUUAGGGCCAGUGACGGCUCCUUCUCCCUCCCCCUCCCACCAGUCAUCUCCCAGCCCAUCCAUGACAGCAAAUCGCCGGGGGCCUCAAAUCUGAAGAUCUCACGGAUGGAUAAGACAGCAGGAUCUGUGCGGGGAGGGGAUGAAGUUUAUCUUCUUUGUGACAAGGUGCAGAAAGAUGACAUUGAAGUCCGGUUCUAUGAAGAUGAUGAGAAUGGCUGGCAGGCCUUUGGAGAUUUCUCACCCACAGAUGUUCACAAACAGUAUGCUAUUGUGUUCCGGACCCCCCCUUACCAUAAGAUGAAGAUUGAGCGUCCAGUGACUGUCUUCUUGCAGCUAAAGAGGAAGCGAGGAGGGGAUGUUUCUGACUCCAAACAAUUCACCUACUACCCCAUGGUAGAAGACAAGGAGGAGGUUCAGCGGAAGCGGAGGAAGGCCCUACCUUCCUUUUCCCAGCACUUUGGAGAUGGCUCCCACAUGGGUGGAGCUGGAGGGGGUUCAGCCGGAGGUUAUGGAAACGGAGGGGGAGGUGGUGGUCUCAGCUUCUUUCCUGCCUCCUCCCUGAACUACAGCCUGUACUCUCCUGGGGCCACCCCAGUGGGCAGUUAUUCUGGAGGGGCAGGAGUCCAGAUGUCUGGAGAGAGUGAGGGCACAACUGAUGGCAAGGGGGAAAAACAGACAUGCCCUGAUUCUCCUGGUCGUCCCCCACCCAAUGGACCUCAGGCCUUAAAGAUGCUCCGGGAAGCCCGGCAAUACAACCUACACAUGUUUGGGCUUGCCCAACGCAGUGCCCGAGCCUUGCUGGACUAUGGAGCUACAGCUGAUGCCCGCACUCUUCUGGCUGGGCAGUGCCACCUGCUGAGGGCCCAGGAUGAGAACGGAGACACGCCGCUACACCUGGCCAUCAUUCACGGGCAGACAAGCGUCAUCGAGCAGAUGGCUCAUGUCAUCUUCCGAGUCCCCCACCUUGGCAUCGUCAACCUCACCAACAACUUGCACCAGACGCCCCUUCACCUGGCUGUGAUCACAGAGCAGAGCCAAGUGGUCAGCUUCCUGCUGAACAUGGGUGCUGACCCGACCCUGCUGGACCGGCAUGGAGAUUCUGCCCUCCACCUAGCGCUACGGGCCGGCAAUCCUGGUCUCCUGCGGGCCCUCCUUUGCCACGCAGGGCCUGCUCUUCCCCAGUUGCUACUCAUGCCUGAUUAUGAGGGCCUAUAUCCGGUGCACCUGGCGGUGCGUGCCCACAGCCCAGAGUGCCUAGACCUGCUGGUGGGCAGUGGGGCCGAUGUGGAGCUGGCAGAACGGCAGGGUGGGCGCACUGCCCUACACCUAGCAACCGAGUCGGAGGAGCUGGGACUUGUUAGCCACCUCGUCACCAAGCUUGGUGCCAAUGUUAAUGCCCAGACUUUUGCUGGAAACACACCCUUGCAUCUGGCGGCAGGGCUGGGCUCCCCAACCCUCACCCGCCUGCUACUCAAGGCUGGAGCUGAUGUACAGGCUGAGAAUGAGGAGCCCCUGUGCCUGCUGCCCUCACCCCCAAACUCAGGCAGCGACUCGGAGUCAGAUGGGGCUGAGGAAGGAAGCGGGAGGAAGUACCGCGGUCACACCCCCCUGGACCUUACCCGCAGCGCUAAGGUUAGGACCCUGCUGCUGAAGGCUGCUCAGGAGACCACAGAGCCACCAAUGACUCCCCCAAGCCCCACAGGCCCUGGACUGUCCCUGGGGGCUGCCACCUUGCAGGGCCUGGAGCGGCUGUUGGACGGACCAGGCAGUGAGGGAGAUUGGGCCGAACUGGCCGAGAGGCUGGGGCUGCGCAGCCUGGUGGACACGUACCGCAGCACAGCCUCCCCUAGCGGCAGCCUGAUUCGGAGCUACCAGCUGGCCGGAGGAGACUUGGCAGGCUUGCUAGAUGCCCUGGCCGCCAUGGGGCUGGAUGAAGGGGUGCGGCUACUACAGGGAACAGAGCCCAGGGACAAGCUUCCAAGCACAGAGGUAAAGGAGGACAGUGCCUAUGGCAGCCAGUCAGUGGAGGAAGAACAGGAGAAGAUGAGCAUGGUACCCACACCUCCCGGGGAGCUCAGCCACAGGCACCCCCAGGAACAGGUGCACUGAUACCAACCAUGCCCACGUGGGCAAUGCUUUGUCCAGCCCCGUGCCUGCCCCAGAGGCACCCGCUGUACAGAUACCCCAACCUGUGCCCGCACCCUUAUUUAAUGCCCUUGUUGAUCCUUUGAUUCUGAUGAAUAAAGGUAUGUGGGGGCUGGGGAUCCAACCACCCCACCCUAGGA